CAUAUUCGCAUGUUAGACGGACCGCGUUUUACACGGGAUACUCGUGAUACCUACCCGAAUGGGAGACAUUUUCUUAAUUACGAAAAGACCUAAUAGGUGUCAGCAGAAGACUUUUGUGUUAUUUUAUUUGAUUAUGUGUUUGCAUAAGGUACCAAAACAUUUAUAUUCGGAGAUUGCGCUUCUGCAAGAUCAAAAGAGUUUGCGAAUUGUUAAAACUAUCAACCUGCUUAAAGUGACUGCAUUAUCACUUCAAGAUGUUACGACACGGUUUUUGUUUACGUCAGAAAAAUUAGUUAGCCUUAUUGAGGGCAAACUGUUCAGGAUUUAUAUUAACGAUAGCUCUUUUCAUCGUGUGGUUCUUCAUCUACCCCAGUAUCAACAUUUUGCCAAGGCAUAAAGACAACCAUUCGCAUGUCCCGUCUUUCAAAGGUGACAAUGCAGUCACUGGACAGCAAAGCACAGGUCGUCCUCAGUUCAUGAACGCUACGAAAAUUCAAUACCUCAAUGCCACAGGACAGCAAGGAACAGGUCGUCCUCAGUUUAUAAACGCUACGAAAAUUGCAUACCUCAAUGUCACUGGACAGCAAGGAACAUGGCGUCCUCGGUUCAUUAACGUUACGAAAAUUCAAUAUCUCAAUGAUAUCCCAUUGGAAAUGGGGUUCCAGCCUUUCGUUGACGUAGAAUUCCCGCACGUGGAGACUGACGUACCCAGAAUACCACACAACAUCCACCAAAUAUGGAUACGUCAUCAUAACAAUACUGAAACCGAUAUUGAGGUGCCUGAACAGUUUGAACAAUACAUGAAGACAUUCCCAAAAUGGAAUCCAAGCUGGAAGUAUUACUUCUGGACGCAUAGGACGUCAAGAAAGCUGCUAGAAGAGAGACAUCCCGAGUUGUUAACCUUUUAUGACAAGACCUUGGUGCCGGUUCAAAAAUCUGACCUGAUGCGUUACGUAGUUGUCUACGAAUUCGGUGGCCUGUACGCUGAUUUGGACACAUCAUGCCUACGAUCGUUGGAUAUAGUGACCACAAAAUACUCAUGUAUUGUUUUACCUGAACCGUUUGAAGACGGUAUUAUAUGGGAAAAUAUCCCUUACCGGAUACCAAAUGGAGUCUUCUUGUGUCGUAAAAAACAUCCCUUUCUAGAACAGGUUCUGCGGACUAUAUCCGAAAUAAAGACGGUUGAAGCCAUUCCAACUCUCAUCGGUCCACUAUUUUUCACAAGCCAGUACAGACGUUACAACAACAUAAGUGACAAAGACAUGUACAGAGUUAAUAUCAGCGGCGAUACAAGCAGUCCCUAUUUUUACAAAGGAGACAUUCCGGAAACGCACGACGAUGCUAUCUACAUUCCGAAUACGAGGUACUUUCUAGACCAACCACAUCCUUGGCACAGAGACAGUAUCAAACGUAUUUGUAAAAAUCCGAGUAAUGCUACGUCUAUUAUCAAGAGGAUGUGUUACGUUUAUACGAGAAGGGGUUUCGAUCGCAAGCCAAGUAACUUCACCUUUCUAGAGCAUGCAUAUACAUUUUCCUUCAAUUCGGCCAUCAAUUGGUCAGAACGGAAAUAUAUUCCGGUGAAAAAGAUCCAACCUAACGUUCAAACAUUCAAUGAAAGUAAAAGUUUGAUCUAAUUCAACGGUAAACUUUAGUUGUUUGAACUAUAAUAUUUUCCAAUUUAAUUCGUUAUGUUCUUGUUAUAUGUAACAUGCCUUACAAUGUAACAGAUAUUAGCAAAGGCCAGUGACUUAACAUAAUGACUGACGACACAAAAUCGUUUAAAUAAAAUAUCAGGUCAAGAUUUCACUCAACAUCUUUAAUCUGUUUAACCAUCCGAUCAAGUCGAUUAUUUCAUUAAAUAGUAUUAAUGUUGAUGUUGUUGAUGUACACAAUUAUUGUUGUUUCGUCUUUUUUCACAUUUUAUUUUCAUGCUUAGGUGGAAAUAUUUUUACUCUCAAAUUGUCAAGUCGAAGAAAAACAUUCUUUCUUAAAACGCAUUAUCAAAAUAUAUAAAAACAAACGUGGCAUCUAGAGCGAUAUCGAGCUUAAAAUUGCGCACACAAGACGCCGACGACGAAUGCUUGACAAAGACUGGCCCCAUUACCUCAACAUGAGCUUUUCGUGAUAAGAUAAGCUAACACAGACGUAAAAAUCUUUGCCUCAAGAAGCUCCAAAAAUGCAUAUGUAUUACAUGUAAAUCGCCUUAGACCAGCUUCCUAAAUAGUAUUUAAAUCAAAUUUGAAGAAAUCGUUUUAAACAUUCAGAUUAACAAAGGAUUUUUGUACAUAUGUAGUCGCAGUUUGUAUCGGCUUGAGCGUUCUAUUGUUUUGUAUAUAAUUGGUGGAAAUUUUGACCGAGUCUGCAUUUUAAAUGCUUUGUAAAUAGGUGGUCGCAGUUAUAUCAAGUUGAGUUUUGUAUUUGUAUAUAGUUGGUCGCAAUUUAAGAUACUUGGCAUUUCAUUGUUUUGCAUACAUGUUGAGGCAGUUUUAUCAAAUUGGAAUUUCUUUGUUUUGUAAAUAGGUGGUUUAUGAUUAUUUGAAUGCUAAUAAUAGUAAUUUUUGUGGCGAUUUAUAUUCUUCUUUAAAUUGCGUUUCCAUGUUAAAGUUGGAAUAUUCACUUAAUAGGUUUUGAUAUGUUCGUAUGUGUUUACCUUUAUGCGAAAAUAAAUAUUGUUGUAAA